GUAGUCAUGCGCACAUUACGUACGUAAACGACCAUGUGGAAUGUCCAGGGCUACGCAAGAAAUACUGCCGUAUGGAAUGCUACAAAUACCAACGAACACGUUUACAAAAUAUGAAAUGCGAUAAAUAAUAAACAUGAACGGGGACUUAAUUCACAUUCUGGUUGAGUCGGAUGAAAGCAGUUGAGAAACUUAUGAAGGUCUUCGUGACGCGGCAGAUCCCACCCGAGGGGAUGAAGAUCCUGUCAACGUCUGGAGUGUGUGAAGUGUGUCUUUGGGACUCAGACGACCCUGUGCCACGAGCAGAGCUUCUCAAAGGUGUGCAGGGGGCCCACGGUCUCCUGUGUCUGCUGUCAGAUCAAAUCGAUGCUGAGGUUGUACAUGCUGCAGGACCCAACCUGAAAGUAAUCAGCACUUUUUCCGUGGGAUAUGACCACUUGGCCCUUGAUGAAAUCAAGAAACGUGGCAUACGGAUCGGCUACACUCCCGACGUCCUGACUGACGCCACUGCUGAACUGACUGUUGCUCUUCUGCUGGCCACAGCUCGCAGACUACCUGAGGCAGUGGAGGAAGUGAAAAAUGGUGGCUGGAGUUCCUGGACACCACUCUGGAUGUGUGGAUACGGUCUUUCAGGUAGCACCGUUGGCGUCAUUGGACUGGGACGCAUCGGGAUGGCCAUUGCUCGGCGCCUCAUGCCAUUUGGAGUGAAACGGCUGCUCUACUCUGGGAGAACAGCCAAAGCUGAAGCUGCUGAGCUCAAUGGAGAGUUUGUUCCUCUGGACACACUUGUGACUGAGAGUGACUUCAUUGUUGUUUCGUGCUCGCUGACCCCAGAGACCCAGGGCCUGUGUAAUAAGGCCUUCUUCAGCAAGAUGAAGAACACUGCUGUCUUCAUCAACACAAGCAGGGGGUCUGUAGUGAAUCAGGAGGAUCUGUACGAUGCUCUGACCAGUGGACAAAUUGCCGCAGCUGGCCUGGAUGUAACAACACCUGAGCCACUACCGACAAACCACCCGCUUCUUACACUCAAAAACUGUGUGGUUUCGCCGCACAUCGGCAGCGCCACCUACUCCACAAGAGGCGUCAUGGCUUCCUUGGCAGCCCGAAACCUGCUGGGGGGUUUACAGGGCACAGAAAUGCCCAGUGAACUCACCUUCUAGAACCUGAAACGGACCGGCCUGAUGCCUUUCAGCUUCUCUGGUGCUUGGACGACACAGUGAAUACAUAUGACAUAAAUGUUGCAACCAGAGUAAAGAGAAACUGAAUUGCACUCUUUUGGAAAUAAAAUUUCUUUGUGUAUGA